AUGAUCUUUGUCGGUUACGAUCGGAAGCAAGGCUACGAAAAGCUAAACAUAGUUAAAAAGAAGGAAAAAAAUCGGACAACGGAUGUCGUAAAUCAAAACGGAUUUGCAUAUCAAAAGGAAGAAGCGGCGGAGCGACUGCAGUUACACAAUGCUAGCGAGGAAUCAAUAGGCAGUUGUGAAAGGGAGCGAAAACAGAGCUGUAGACUUCCAUUACGAUCCUCAUUACAGCACUUGUGCCCCUCAUCCUCAGGGAACAUGUAUGCCAGGGCAGGCUACCCCUCCUCCAAUCCAAUCCUUAUUAUAUCUGUAUUGGUUUAUGGAGGAAAUACUCCCAGCUCGACUUUAUGUAAUGCCCUUCCGGAACAAACAAAUGAAUAUGUAAGAGGCGGAAUAUUAGGCAGAUUUAAAUUCUCCUCGAGAUUUGCGAGAGGAAGUUAA